CUCUCCACCUCAUCCUGACACAUCGCUCCUCAGGAGAGAACUGCCUUAGGCUUCUCCAAGCCAGAGUCUUCUUCCUUUUUGCAAGAACACCACCACCAGAUACCUUGGAAUUAAGAGAACUAUCAAGGUGAAGAACAUCUACACCAGCUGGAGUUGGCGCAAUCAGUUCCUUCCUUAUGGAUUGUGGGCACACUUCUACCAGUAAAUUGUCUGUUUGGUUUGAUUAACAACCUCUGAAUUGCUGUAAGAAUCUGUUGAAUGAUCUUUGGUUGAAGAAUCGUCACCAAAACCUGAGUGCAAAUUAUAAACUGCAGAAUUUUCCAGUUCAAGAAAAAAGGGAAAGAAACAGAUGUAAAUGACCUCUGCUUGAGCUGAAUGUUCUUUACAGUGUCUUGGGUGGACUCUAGGAUGCCAGUGCUGCUGGCCAGCCUUUUGUUGCUGAUCUCCUUGCAAAGGCUGGCUGUGUCCCACCUCAUGAUGGAUAUGGCUCUGCAUUCCUUUGAUGACCAGUAUUUGGGGUGCAGAGAGCAGGUGAUGGAAGAACUCGAGCGAGGAGACUAUUUCGAAAAGGAAAUAGCUGCUAACAAGGACUAUUUGAGUCUCUGGAAGAAGGCUCAGGAGGCUUUGUUGAAGAGCCCUGUAGGUCUCCUGAGGGAGAUGCAAGAGAGCCAUGCCAUAGUCCUCAUGGCUUACACCAUGAACUCUUCUCUCCACUCUCAGCUGAACUGGGCCACAUCUACAGCAGGAAGCUCUCCAGAGCACUACAGACACAACUUCAGUUUCAAAUAUUUUCACUUUUACCUAACGACUGCUAUCCAGAUAAUGAAGCAAUGGCAGAGCAGCAAGGAGAGCAUGGGCAAACAUAAGUGCUACCGGGUGCACAGGGGUGUAAAAAACUUAUAUAUUGAGGCCAUGGUAGGCAGCAGGGUGAGAUUUGGCCGUUUCACCUCCACCUCCCGCCUCUUGAAUGAAGCCCAGAAGUUUGGGAAUGAAACUUUGUUCACAGUGACCACCUGCCUGGGAGCAGCUGUGCAAGGCUUUUCUUACUAUACAUCGGAGAAGGAAGUCCUCAUUCCCCCUUAUGAGAUAUUCUUUGUCAAAAGCUUCUUUCGGACACAGCACGGUAACCGGCUGCAUCUGCAUUCUGUGGGGAACUACAGCAAGUACCACUGCCAGCUCGUGAAAGCUUCAAGAAGCAAGAACAGCGGUUCCACUGCCCUCGCCUCUGCCGUUCUUCCUAGUGUAGUUGGAGUUUUCUUUUGCUUGUCCCACAAUGACUGAUUCUCUGGCUGCAUCUAGAUAUACACACUCGAAUAGCAGGCAAGAAGAAUUCACAGGAAAUCAGUCUCUGGAGUUCCUGUUGUUACAGAAGGUUCAAGCCUCCCUUUGUUUUCAGCUGCAGCUCUCCAGCUGAGACUGGAACAUUCAGCCUGGUUCAUCAAAACAGACAUUCCCUAGACCCAUUCAGGUAGGAGGGCAGUUACCUAUGGCCUUUCUGAAGAGUAGGGCAGUGACACCCUUUGCUGUAGGUAGCUUUUCCCUUAGGCAUUC